GCUCGGUGGGAGGCGAUCCGGCCGCUAAGAGGAGCAGAAGCGCAUCUCCCCCUGCUGGGCAGCGCACACACCCCGAGCUCCCGACUGCUCCGCUCGCAGCACAGCCCCCCACGGACACGUUCAGGAGCGCAUAAAAGCUCGCACGCUCCAUCACCCAGAGCUCCGCCUGCUGGUCCAGAGCCCAUCCCGCUCCUCGUAGCAGGACUACCAGCCCCAGGUUGCUCCGGGCCGCCGGGGGCGGUGCCGGCUGCGCUCACAGCCUUCGUUCCGCCCCGUGCUGCGCAGCAUGGCCGGCUUCGCCGAUCUGAACGUCCCGCAGGGCGCGGAUAGGAAGGCCGUGCAGAGCGUGCUGGAGGCUGCGGCGAACCUGGGAUAUUCUGCAGUUGCUCUUAAUCACGUCAUCGAUUUUAAAGAAAAGAAACAGGAAAUAGCCAAGCCGGUGUCUCCAUCAGAGCUGUUUCCAUCUUUGCCUAUUGUGCAGGGGACAUCUAAAAGACUUAAAGUCUUAACCCGGCUGACACUUGUUGUUUCUGAUCCUUCCCACUGUAAUCUCUUGAGAUCUACAUCUGCAAAUAUAAGAUUGUAUGACAUCAUAGCUGUAUUUCCAAAGACGGAGAAAUUGUUCCAUAUUGCUUGCACAACUCUUGAUGUGGAUCUAGUAUGCAUAAAUGUAACAGAGAAGCUUCCGUUCUACUUCCGAAGGCCUCCUGUAAAUAUGGCAAUAGAUCGAGGCAUUUACUUUGAACUUCUUUACACGCCUGCCAUCAAAGACUCCACAAUGAGAAGAUACACAUUUUCAAAUGCGAUCAGCCUGAUGCAGAUCUGCAAAGGAAAGAACAUCGUUAUAUCUAGUGCAGCUGAAAGACCUCUAGAAUUACGAGGUCCUUAUGAUGUGGCUAAUCUAGGUUUGCUGUUUGGCCUGUCAGAAGGCGAAGCCAAGGCAGCUGUAUCCACCAACUGCAGAGCCACCAUACUUCAUGGAGAAACUCGGAAGAGUGCCUGUGGGGUAGUUUACACAGUGAAGAAGCUUCACAAGGUUGAGGAGGAAGAAACAGUGCCAGCCUGCAAAAAGGCUAAGACUCAAGCUUGAGCCAGUUGUCAACAGGAGCCUCCAUCCAGUCUUUACCCAGGGGCUGAGUCUUCCUGCACCCUCCAGUUGGCUUGGUUCUUCAGUUACUGAUUUUUUUUAGCUUGAAGAAGAAUUAUUCUUUUGGUUUCCAAGUGAGGAAUUAUGUUGGAAUGGGACUGCUGAAUGGUAUUUUACCACAUCUGGAAGGUCAUCCUAUUGCUGGGCUUCUGGACAAGGGCAGGAGGGCAUCACUCCACCUUGUCCUACCUCUUCUGGAAUCAUUGUGAACUUGCUCAAUAGAAAGUAUCCCUAAGGCAGAAACAUCAUGUCAAGUGUACUUUUUUAUAUGAAAAAUGUUUUCAAGAUGGCAUGCCUGUUAAGUCUCCCUCUUAUAGUACCUGAAGUUUUAAAACAUGUCUCUGUACUAAACCUUAGAACCAUAAGUCAGUAAAGUGUACCUUAAAUGGCCUGAAAGAAUAAUUGUGCAGUAAAAACUUUAUCUGCUUUCUAUUCUGUUUUGUGAUCAAUAACAAUCCCAGCAUGUGGUUUGCUCACUAGGAGAAAUCUUGAGUUUGUGUCACAGGAACACUGACUAAAUCAACCUGUUAGACACACAGUGCAAAGGUUAUCUCCGUCCUUGAAAUCAAACUUAAAGCCAAACAGUAACAUGAGACGUUUGCCAUGGAUAGGAAGAAAGAGCCCAAGGUUAUCCUCAGGGUGUGCUCAGCAUGGUGUGCAGUUGCAGCAUAACAGCUGCCUCACCUGGACCUGAGCAGUCUCCAUGUCACACAACUUUUACUGUGUCAUGUUGGAUUUUUUUAAUGUCCAGAUUGUUUUGCUACCUCCUGACUUUCUAGUUUUUCUUCCUGUUAGUGCUUCAGUAAAUCUAAUCCAAAAAAGCAAUUAUAACAGAUUUCUUCUCAGUGAAGCGUUUUCAGACGUCAUCCAAAUGUUGACUCAAGUUUCUCUUUUGACCAAUAUAAAAAUUACAUAAAAUGUUGUACUUAAGAUGCUUUUGUGCCAGCUUUAUUCUGAAUAUUAAAAGCCUUGGAGCAUGACCAGAGAAGAUCAACAGAGCUGUGAAAGGUCUGGAACACAGGUAAUAUGGGCUGAGGGAGCUGGGGUUGUUCAGUCUGGAGAAGAGGAGACUCAGCGAAGACUUUAUCAUUCCCUACAUGUCCCUGAAAGGAGGUUACAGUGAGGUGGUGGUCAGCAUCUUCUCCCAGGCAGCAGUGGUAGAACAAGAGGUAAUGGCCUCAAGUUGCAGCUGGGGAGGUUCAGAUUGGAUAUUAGGAAAACUUUCUUCUCAGAAGCAGUGGUGAUGUACUGGCACAGGCUGCCCAGGAGAUGAUGGAUUCACUGUCCCUGGAGGUGUUCAAGAAAGGUGUAGAUGUGGCGUGGUUAGUGGGCUUGCUGUUGAGGGGUAGAUGGUUGGACCAGAUGAUCUUAGUGGUCUUUUCCAACCUUAAUGAUUCUGUGAUUCUCUAUUCUUAUCUGACAACAAGCUGAGGGGCACAAGUUGUGACAUGUAAAGUACUGCAGAAACCUUGCAGUGAGUUAUCUCUGAGCUCUUAGUAGCUAACGAAGCUCUCAGUAGGCUCAUGGUUUUAUGAAAUGCUGGUGUAAGUCACAACAGCUUUUGCAUCAUUCUACUAGCAAUAAAGUAGUUUUUCCUUUGUUUUUA